AUGAAAAGAUUUUUCAUGAAAGAAGCGAUUUAUUUGAUAAUGUAAUUAUUUCAAGAUAGUUAUUUUUUAUUAAUCCUAUUAAAGAAGAAAAUGUUAAAUCAUGAAAAUUAAGAAAUACCGUAAGAUACAUCUGAAAUAACCUCAGUCUAAGAGAAUUAUUUAAAUAAAACAAUUUAUCUAAUUGAAAUGUUCAAGGGGUUAUAAGAUAUGAUUUAGGAAAUAAAAUAACCAAGUACCAAUGUUGAGUUAAUUGAUGCUAUCUCACCCCUUUUUUACAACCCAGAAUUAGAUUAAUACCAAAAUCAUCAAGCUUCCGAACAUUUUAACAUUGGUUAAAACAUGAAGAACUCCCCUACUCUAUAAUUGAAUUCAAUAAUUGAAACGCCAUCAGGAAGAUUGUAUGGGUGUUAUUGCCAUUCAGAAUAAAAAAAGUAUUAUCCUACUCCUUAAGCACUGGGAGGACAUAUACGAUAGUAUAAAAAAAAUAUGAAUAAAUAAAAUUGAAUUAUUCAAAAUUUAUAAUUUAC